UUUGAUUUUCGCCGUGUAUUCGUCAUUUCUAACUGUAUGAAAUGUUCUCUUAUAUAUUUAGAUCAUUUCCACACUAGUUGCGUCCCACCAUACUGUGAUCUUGUGUAUUUUUAGACCACCGUAGCGGGCUAAACCACUCGGACGGGGUACGAUUAUAAAGUUCCUCAAACACCACCGAUUACGGGCCGAUCGCUCCAAAUCAUUACACAAUCGAAAUAACUUCGCUCGCGUCAGCAAACACGGAGAAGAAUACCACUGAAAGUUUUCAAUUUUGAAACGUUUGAUUUUGGCAAAUUUACAUAGUCACAACCAAGGGUUUUCCUUCAGGCUCCAUUUUUACCAACCGGCGAAUUUCAAGGCAAGUGUUUUCGCUGUCGUGGCUAACUUUAAGUUCGUGAUCGCAAAAGAUUCCCUCAAGGAAUGCUAAAUAAGCAAAAAUGUUGUCUACGAAGCUUUUCCGGUCGCCGACUGGCGAGUAUUCGAGGGGAGGAGUAAUGAGAUGAAAGUGGUAAUUCUUUACCGUAACUCGUGGCGUAGCGAGUCAGUUUACUUUUGAUUAUUUCACGAGGCAUUGUUUUACAAUUCUGUGACGUCACGUACCACAUGCGCUUUAUGCUUUCCUUCGCCCUUCUUUCCUCAAUAUCGCACCAAACAACCCUAAAAGGUAAAUUUUCAUGUUGAUUCCAAGUUUCGCCGCUUUCUUCAAUACUCCAUAGUAUUUCGAACUUCGGAGACUCUUAAGUUGUUCAUAAACUAGAUUUGCACACGUGUUGCAGCAUUUCCAGAGCUCGAUUUGCAGGUUUCUUGAGCUUUCGAGACUUAAAAUUCCCUCAAAACGCCAUCCAAAAUGGCUGUUUUUGUCUUUCUCCGACGAAGGCCAGAUGAUAUGUAGGGGACAGGCUGGAAGUUACAGAAAAAGCUAGAAGCAUAUCAAGAACAACUUUUGCCGGCAUAGCUGCAAGUCCUUAAUACCUCGCAGCCCUGGAAUGGAUCCUCGAGAUGUCCCAAAUCACAGUCCCGCACAUACACACAGCUUUUUCGAUGGCAAUCCAGGUGAUGGCCAUCCAAACACGGUGCUUCGUUCACCCCCAUUGUCCCACGAUCCUUCUUAUGGAAUGCAUCCCAGUGCGUUUUCUAUGAUGGGAAGAAGACCAGGUUUGCCAGACUUUAGGGGGUCUUUAGAUCCAAUAUUGGGCUCCCAGAGCAGCCUGACUUCCCCUGGAGCACUGCAUGGUUCAUUAACUGGUGGUGCUGGCAGCGCUGGUUGGUGGAUGCCGCCCCAUCCUCACGCCCACGGAAUUGCACCGGAAUACUUCACAAGUCACAUCCCUGGAAGUUGGCUUUCCCACGAACAUGACUGUACUCUUGCCAAUCAUGACAGACUUGAAGAAUGCUUAUAUCCAUCGGCCAGGUCCAGGAGUACUAUGAUGAAUGGUGUUAAUUCUUCUAGUGUUUUUGGAAGUGGCUCGGGAAUAUUUUACCCUCCACCCACAAGUCCACAGUCUAUGCACAGUUUUGUUCAUCAAGCUAGUCCCACAACCAAUAACUCUAAAAGUGGACUAUCACAUUGGAGUAGUCAUGGCAACCAUGAUGGAAAGGGCGUUCUUGAUCUGGGAGACAGCCGUGAUCUGGACAUGAUACCACGAUUGAACAGAAAACUGAGUAACUGCAGUGAAGAAGGUAAUGAUAAAGACAGUGAAAUGAGACCAAGUGAUGUGGUAUCACAUCACAAAGAAAGAACAAAAGAUGCUAAAAUUGAAAGAACAAUGGCCACCAACAACAUUUCUGAAAAUACAGACACAAGAUCUGGAAAUAAAUUGCUGCCUGAACGAAAUUCAGAAAAAAACAGUUCAAACAUUCAAAAACAGUCGGAUCACUCUGAGCAUAGUGAAAAGAGCAGUGUUCAAACUCAUCAAAAUAGUUUGUCAGUGAAAAAGAAUGAAAGUAAGACAACAACAAGAAUUUCAGAAGCGGAUCACUUGUCACCAAGUAUUGCCUCGAUUUCGGAACCUAGUAAGUCUUUGCCAACACCUCCAAAACUGCAAAAAGUGAAAUCUGGCCCGCCACCUCGACUGCAAGUGCCAACUUCAAUUUUAAAUAAAACUGAAGGAAUUGUUCCCACAAAACCCGAACCUCACAUUAAAGCAGGAAAAGCGAUUUCCUCUUUACUUAAAGAGGAAAUGUUGAAGCCUACAAAAAAAGUGGUUACAAACUCGACAAAGGCUAAACAGGUACUAUUGAAGGCAGAUACAAAAGAGAGCGCAGUCUCUGGUGAAGUGCAGAGCAAGUCAAAAAGUACACUUUCAGAACAGAAAUUGGCAAGCUCCUCAAAAGGUUUACCUGGGGUUGAAAAGCCGACAUCUGGCCCAGCUCCAAAACAGCCAAAGGUUCCAUCAGGUAAGCCACCUUUAAUAGCACACUUCCGCGAUGUAAAGUACAAUGAGGAUAGCAGUGAUGACGACACUGACAGCAGCAAUGUAAGUAGUGGCAGUGAAAGUGGAAGCGGCAGUGAUGAUGAAAGUGAGGAAGGCGAGGAAGGUGAAAAUGAAGUAGACAGCAGCGGCAGUGACACUGACAGUGAUGGCAGUGAUGAGGAAGAAGAGGGAGGGGAACAGCAUGAUGAUGACGAUGAUGAAGAGGAUGAGGAUGAUGUUACUAUGGAAACCCAGGAAAGUGGGGCAUCUUUUGAGGAAAUGCCUUAUUCUUCAAGCAAAAGGAAAACAGAUCAAAGCUCUACAGGGACUCCUAGAAAAAGACGUCGAGCAGUGGAUGAAGAAGCAGUCCAGAUUCCUCUAGCUAAGGGGUGGCGACGUCAGACCCGCCUUCGUCAAGUUGGUGCUUCUGGUGGUCUAAGAGGCGAUGUGUACUAUUUUGCUCCUUGUGGGAAGAAACUUCGUACAUAUCCCGAGGUUACCCGAUACCUUAACAAGAAUGGCAUCACUGAUGUAACUCUGGAAAACUUCAGUUUUAGUACAAAACUCCAUAUUGGAGAGUUUCUGGAAUGUAAAGAGGGAUCUGUUUUUGAACCUCUGCCAGAGGAGGAAGUUCACAGAAGAAAACAGGCUGAAGAGGAAAAGAACCAAGCCAAAAUGGAAAAACUAAACAAAAAACAAGAGAAGAAGCAAAAACAAGCUGAAAUGGUACAGAAAGCUGCGGAAGCUAAACUUUUAAGAAAGGCUCAACGGCAAGCUGCCAUGGAUGCUGCUAAGAUGGCCAAGAGAGAAAGAGAAAUGGCCCAAAAAGCAGCUGCAGCUAAACGACUAGAAAAAGUGCAACGCGAAGCUGCUUUGGAAGCAGUUAAGAUGGCCAAAAGAGAGAGAGCUGAGGCAAGGAUGCGUAAUAAGGCAAUGAAGCGAGAAGCUCUACAAGCAGCACGAGAAGCCAAAAAAGAGAGAGUGAGGAUGCUUGCAGAACAGAAGCGGCUCGCUAAAGAGAGGGCUAGAGAGCAGAGGCAGCUGGCUCGUCGAAAAAAGAAGGAAGAUGCAGCUAAUGCCAAGUAUGAAGAUGCCAUGAAGAAGGCAAAGGAAAGGGAACUUAAACGACAACAGGCUGUCCUACUUAAGCAGCAGGAAAAAGAACAGAAGAAACAGCAGCAAAUGAUGAUAAGAGCAAUUGAAUCUCAAAGGAAACAAGAGGAGCGUGAGAGAUUAAAGGAGGAGAAGAAGAUGGAAAAGAAGUUGUUGAGAGAGAAAAAACUUGAGCAAAAGAGAAGAGAAAUGAUCUUAGCUCGUGAAUUAAAGAAACCAGUAGAAGACAUGGUACUCAAGGAUAGUAAGGCCUUACCUGAGUUGGCACGAGUCUUAGGUCUUCAGAUACCUGGAGGUGCAUUUGCAGACUUACUGAUGGUACAAGAAUUUGUACACAAUUUUGGUGAAGCUUUAGAUCUGGAUUCUUCUGAGAUCCCUUCUUUGUGGGAGAUGCAAUCAUCCCUGUUAAAUGACAGCAGUGAGGAUGUUCUGGUGCCUCUGUGUCAAAGUCUACUUAUCUCUGCUUUAGAGGAUCCAGGAUGUGAGGGACCCAAUUCUUUUACAACGUUAGGGGUUGCAUUAGCCAAGGUGGAGCUGAAUGAGGCAAAUUUCUCAGAAGUUCUUAGACUUUUUAUAUUGUCAAGAAAUGCUGGAGAUCCACACCCGCUCUCAGAUGCUUUGCUGAGCACCCCAUUCCAAGCCCUAACAAUGUCAGAUAAGGCUGGAGUUAUGGCUUACCUGUGCAAUGAGCUGCUUUGUAGCAGAACUAUCUGCAGGGAAAUUGAAAGCAGCAUCGAACACAUGUCCAAUUUACGGCGGGAAAAGUGGGUGGUGGAAGGCAAAAUACGAAAGCUGAAAGCUAUUCAAGCUGAAAAGUACCCAGUUGUAAAGGUGAAGAAGCCUCCAGGCCGUCCGAGAGCUGAUGUCAACAUUGCUGACCCUGAGGGAGAGAACAGCAACUCCAUAGCUGAUGACAGUAUGCAGGGGAAUGAAGAAGAUGAGGAGGAAGAGGAAGAAGAAGAGGACGAUGAGGACGAUGAUGAUGAUGAUGAUGGGGAGGGAGGUGGUGAUGGAACGCAGUCCAGUGAGGAGUCUGAGGAAGAUGAUGAUGGAGCUGAGCCCACAACUCAAGAGGAACUUGAAAGGAGGCUGAAGAAAUUUGAGAAGAAACAUGCAAAGUUUCGUUCCAAACUGUUUGGUUCCUCUCAUGCCUUGCGAGCACUUUGUCUGGGUCAGGAUCGGUACAAGAGACGUUACUGGAUUCUGCCUCAUGGAGGAGGAAUCUUUGUUGAGGGAAUGGACACAGCUGAAAAAGAAAUUGUCCUCGACUGGAAACCCGAGGGUGAAGACAUCAAUCACUCUGAGGUCAAGCAUGAAGGAAUGCAAGUUGACGGUGUAAAGGAAGGACAAAAAAUAGAACCAUGUAGAGAUGCAGGGGCAGAAAAUCACACAGGAGCUGACGCAGGCUUGAAGUCUCCAACAGGACUUAAAUCUCCUCUUAAAUCACCUGUUCGUUCUUCCUCGGAAAGUGUUCUCAAAGCAGACAAUAAUACAGGUAUGGCCUCAUCAGGCGACAACAAGGUUGAGGUAAAUAACCAUCACGGAGGUUCACAGACCCAGCCCGCUCAGCCAAAGCUCCACAACACACACAUUACAUCUGCAGCAAAUAGGAAUGCUUUGGAAAUCCAGAGAAUUGAAAACCUCUUUAGAAAUGAGGCAUCAACUUCUAAGUCUGGCUUCACUCAGCAAAAGCAUUCUAAUGUACAGCGAGCUCAGGAAAGAAAUUCUUGGUUUAGUCUCCUUCCACGCAUGCCUUGCGACGAAUCUUCACUGACUCUUUCCCAUACCCACAACAGUGGGCACUUUGUCCCCACGUACAGUAAGAGAGGUGAUACAGACAUUAUGAGUGCGCCUCCAUUGAAACGACCACCUGGCCGACCACCUAGGAUUUCCAAUACAAAUUAUGAAAGUGCAAAUCGUCAAGCUGGCCCUAGCUCUUUGUCACAAGGUGUAGUUCAUCAAGCAGCCACCAUUCAGUUUCUUCCUCAGCUACCCAUGAAGAGGCCCCCUGGACGGCCACCUAAGUCAUCUUACCAAACUUUGAACUUGGUGUAUGUGGAUGGGCAUCCCCAGGGCAAUAUGCCGACAUCUACCUUGGCACUUAGCACACAGUCAGCUUCAACUAUGUCACUGUCAUUUGAGGAGUUGAAGAGGAAUGUACUGGAGUCCCUGAUGCAGGAACCUGCACCAAUUCCACCUGAGUUGCAACAUGGCUGGUGGAGAAUAACAGAACCAUCACAACUGAAGGAACUUGUUAAAAUUCUACACUCAAGAGGAAUAAGAGAAAAGAUUCUUCAAAAGAAUUUCCAGAAGUAUUCAGAGUAUGCCAACAGCUCAUGUACAAAGGGUGAUCAAGUUGAGAGUGAUUCGGAUGAUGACAAUGAGACACCAGAGAAGUUGUCAUGUUCUGAGAAAAACAAAGGCAAUCCCAUUGAUGAUAAAAUGUUUCCUGAGGUAGCAUUUGCGGUUGACAAAGCUAUUCUUAGAGAAGUUGAGGAAAUGGAAGAGAAAGUAUUUCAAGCAAGUUUGCAAGUCAAGGGCUGGAGGUUGCCUUCUAAAGCUUCAAAGGGCCUUAGUCAUAAUCCAAUGUCUGAAACAAGUUCUGAGGACAAUCCAUUAGCAAUUGCAAUAACAAGACUGCUGGCAUUGGAGCAGGCUAUAGAGAGACGCUAUCUGAAGCAUCCCCUGAGAAAUGAUAAACUACACAUUCCUGCAAAUAUUGGUACAGCAGCUGCCCCAGGGGAGGUACCUACGGAGGAUGGGCAACCAAAAGAAGCAGAAAAGAUGGAGGUUGAUAUGGAAAUGAUGACCCCUGCACUAAAGAUAUGGCGUAAUGCAGUUGUCACCUCACAGUCUGCCUCUCAGCUGGCCAUGUGCCUGUUUAUGCUGUAUGACUGUGUAGCCUGGGAAAAGUCCAUCAUGAAAGUGUUCUGCCAGAUUUGCCGCAAAGGUGAUAAUGAGGAGUUACUUUUGCUGUGUGAUGGCUGUGACAGAGGCUAUCAUACGUACUGCUGCAUGCCCAAGCUGUUGUCGAUACCCGAGGGAGACUGGUACUGCACUGACUGCAUUGUUCUGGCCGCUGGGGGUGACAAUUGCUGUAUGUGUGGCGGAGCAACAGGCAAGAUGGCCAAAUGUGACAACUGCCCAAGGAACUUUCACUUGCAGUGUCUUGAACCGCCACUUAGCAAGGUUCCGAGAGCAUCAUGGACCUGUCCAAACUGUAAAAGAAAGCGAAGCAAGCCACGCCGGAAGCGGAAGUUCAAAGAAGAGGAUGACGAAAAUGACGACAGCCGGCCUCUCACCCCUCCCCCUAAGGAAGAAGUACGCCCACAUGCUAACCGGAAACAGGCUUCCAAAGACAUGGCACCGUGCCGCAUGAUCUUAGCGGAAAUGGAGAAACAUGAGGAUGCUUGGCCGUUCCUGGUUCCGGUUAACCCUAAACAAUUUCCAGAGUAUUACAAGAUAAUAAGGAGACCAAUGGAUUUCCACACAAUGAAGAUAAAGCUUCGUGACUGUCAGUAUCCAGGACCCGCUGAUUUUGUGGAUGACGCACGAACAGUUUUCUUAAACUGUGAAGAAUUUAACGAGGAUGACUCGGAGGUUGGUCAAGCUGGCAAACGACUUUUCCAAUUCUUUGAACGACGCUGGGAGGAACUGGCUCCAAACAGCGACUAAGGUUGGGAGGGAAGAUUUACUGAGAUGAAGUGAGAAUAACGCACGUGGUUUCAGUAGUUUCUUUUGUUUUUUUUUUCUUUGAAUGCAUCACAAGCAGAGGUUUAAGAGUUUGAAUGAAGUGAGAAUUUCGUGAUCAUGAUGUUAUUUUGGGGAUGGAGAUAAUUUUUUCGUUAAUGCAAGUCACUGUUGGAGUUUUGUACCGAAUAAUCAAUAACUAUGUAGUCGCUAACUGCCACGUCAGUUGUAAUCUGUCAAUCAACAGAAACCUGUAAAACUUGUACAUAACAGGAUUGACUAGUCAGCCGACAAUACGUAUUUAAACCAGUUAGGAACCGUUCGUACCCACAGAGAUCAGUCAAUGGAGUUUUAAAGUAAACGCUUUUGUAUGACAUUUUUACUCUUGUAGGCUUGAUGAAAUAAUAAAAACAUGUUUUGGCUAUUUUUAA